UAGGUCUAAUGGAAUAUGCUUUAGUUAUAAAGUUUCUUGUUUAGGACUCAUGAGCUGGUUGUUUUAAGCAAUUCCUAUGUUAUAAUUUAAUGCAGGGUGAGCUGAACUGCAACACGUAAUCUGCCAUUUCUGAUCAUGAUGGCUGAGAUUAUGCGAGUUGCAAUUCUGCACACCUGCUGGGCCACAUAUGCAGAGUUCCCUGAAUAUUCUUUAGAUAAUAUGAAUAGGUCAACCCCAGGUAGAACGCAGGCUUUUGAGAAAAAGAAUAUAUAAGGACCAUAAAUUCUGUGUUGAUUAAAGUCUACAUGGAAAAAGUACUCUAAAGCCUAUUUUGUGAAAUGUAUGGUAAAAGCGAUGAUUGAUAUUAUACCAUCAUGUCAAUUGUUUUCAAUUUUAAAUUGCUAUAGAGCCCUCUGGUAUGAAAAAUUUCAUAGAAAAGAUGUUAGGAAAAGCCCUCAAUUUAAAUGGUUGGGGUUUUUAUUCAGGAAAAAGAAAUGGAAAAGCAAAAACUCCUGUACCAGCAAGCAAGACUCCAUGAUCGAGGGGCUGCUGAAAUGGUCCUGCAGACAAUUAGUGCCAGCAAAGGUGAAAUGGGACCAAUGGUUGCAGCUACCCUCAAACUUGGGAUUGCUAUCUUGAAUGGAGGAAAUUCGACUGUUCAGCAGAAAAUGCUUGACUAUCUCAAGGACAAAAAAGAUGUAGGCUUCUUUCAGAGCCUUGCUGGUCUUAUGCAGUCUUGCAGUGUUCUUGACCUAAAUGCUUUCGAACGACAGAAUAAAGCAGAAGGCCUUGGAAUGGUAACAGAAGAAGGAUCAGUCAUCACUCAUGAGCGUGGUAAUUAUUACACAUCAAUUGACUUUCUUUUUUCCUGUUGUAAGCUUCGUGUCAGCACUGUACAGCUCCUGAACACCAUGCAGCAUGCAGUUCGUUUUUAUUUUUAGAAUGUCAAAGUAGGAUUAUUACUAUUACU